AUGGACAACGAACGUACAAAAUAUAAAUUCGGCUAUGUCAUAUCACACGAAGAAGGAAGCACACAAGCACAUUUAGAAACGAGAGAUGGAGAUAUGGCUUUAGGAAGAUAUUACGUUAAUUUACCAAAUGGCAGCGGUCAAAAAGUAACUUAUUUGGCCGAUGACGUCGGAUAUCACACCGGAGUAAGUUACAAUAGUAAAUCAAACACGGCAUCAAGUAAAACUCAUAUUGCGAUGGGACAUAAAGCGAUUGCCACAUUAUCCAAUUUCGAUGGACCUAACACUCGUCCGCCUCUUGUUGCAAAUACCGUAACACCAAUAGUUACCAAAAUUGCUAAAGGACUCGUUAGUACAGUGACACAAGCUCCGGUGAUAUUUACCAAUCCCGAUCAAACGGUUACCAAAGGAUUCUACAUAGUUAAAGAAUCAACGGAUUUACCGUUGAAAACGGUUAAAAAUAAAUAUGAUUCGUUGCCGAAUAAAAUUUAUCAGGCGACAAAUUCAAAACAACAUUUGAAAGUGUCAACCGCAACGGAAAAACCUGACGAAGACCAAGACAAAUCGGGAGUUAUGGAAGUGAAAAAAUAUUUAGCGGUCGCAGAACCGAGUUCGAAUUUUUACGAAAAUGUAAAUAAAAAAUUAAAUUCGAAUAAAAUUCAUCGUAAUGAAUCUUACGUAGCUGAAAAAAGCAUCGAGAAAACGUUAUUCACGGAUGCCGACGCACAAAUAAUAUCAAACAUUCAAAAACAUGCCGAAGGUAUAAUAAUGAAAGAUUUGAAAAAACAAGGAGGAGGUAGAAAUUUAAAUAUUGAUAUUUCGACAAAUCAACAAACAAGUGUUACGCCAAAAGCGAUAACAAUGCAACCGAUAAUUGUUACCGGACAAAAGAAUAUUAAAAUACUUAAUAAUAAUAAUAAUAAUAAUAGUUUCCGCCCGCGUUUUUCAUCCCAGUUACAAAAAUUAACUAAAAACAUUCAUCCGGCAUCGAUAAACGCUCUUAAAAUAAACGAUAAUAAUAAAAAUAACAAUGAAUUAUUAUUAUUAGAAAAAUCGAGUUCGUUUGAUUCAUCAUCGACAACAUCGGACCCACCAUCAUCAUUUAUCAACGUCUCGAAAGUUCCACAUCAAUUAAUUGAUGCCAAGUCCACAAAUUCAAAUUCAAAAAAUAAUUCCACCAUUCCGGAUUGUGAAUCUAAUUUAUGUGUUCAAGACAACAAUCGAGCGUUUUCCGAUAAUUUGGUUUUUAUAAAGCCAGAAAAAGAUAUUACAUUAAAUUCUGGUUCAAAUGCAAAUAAACUUACUCAUACUUUUUAUCCGCAAAAUCAACUUAAAGAAGAAAGACAUUAUGUCACAACGAUUGACGUACAAAAAGGAAUCGCCAUUGAUGUACAACAAAACGAAGAUGGUUCCAUACAUUUAGCAUCUAAUUUUCCAUUUAAAAAACUUCAAAAUUACCACAGGCAAUAUUCAAAUCCGCAAAAUGUUUUCAAUUCGGUUACUCCGUCGCCGAUUUUAAAAGUUACCAGCAGCACGCCGACGAAAACAUUUUUUUCAAGCACUCCGAAAUUUAAUACUUAUUCGACAAUAAAAACGGGUUUGCAUUCACCACCGGUUUUGAAUAGAAUUCCAUCGAAAAUUUAUCAUCAAGCAUUGGAAAAACCAUCGAAAGAAAAUUUAAAAGUAUUCGACAACAAUUUUCCACAAGUUAAAAAUCUCGAAACCAUGAUAAAACUACACGAAUCGAUGACUCAAGAAAUUUAUCCGAACGAUAAGAGAAAAAGUUCUGUCGAUGAAGAAAGAAGAGAAUAUUUUGAAAAUUUAAAAAAAGUAGAAGAAGUCAAAAGACAAAAUUCGAAACCUUUUCUUCCUCAUCCGUUACAAUCGAAUAUAAUAAUAAAAUCGACAACUGAAUUUCCCGCUCCAAACGUUGAAGUUAAUUCCGUGGAAACUCCGGUAGUGGCGAAUCCGGUAAAAUUUGGUCAAAUACAAAUUAAUCCAGGAGUCACACCGGUGUAUACAAAUUACGUGACUGAAAUUCCUGUUUUGUUAACUCCUAAUGGACAUUUACAACCGAACGAAAACGAAAAAACGAAUCAACAACAGGAAGAAGAAGUGACGAAAAUCGGAAGUUUAACAAAUUACUUCGAUGGCACUUCAUUACGUAAUGUAUUUGUCAAUACGCCUGAACAAACUACUUCUUCGGAUCAAAAUCAAGAAAAAAGCGAUUCGUUAAACACGGUACAAAUCAAUCCGUUAAACGUAGAGCCGCGGUACGCUCCGUCAGAAGCAGAAGAAAAAAUUGAACAGGUACAACCCUUAGCUCUUACCCAAGGACAAAUAAACGCAUUACAUUUAAAUCUUCAACCGAGUUUCCCAAAUCAACAAAAAGGCUUUGUCAUGACUCCACUCGUUUCUCUAGAUUAUAAUAAACCGUUCAGGUUCGAACAACCUUUAUCAUUGAUACCCGUACAAAUACCAGCAGGUACGGAACAAAAAAAAGUUACCGCCGUUUAUCAAUUUCCUCAAGAAUACCAUCUUCCAUCACCAAUACAACUUUUACAACCAUCAGAACACUCGUACGUUAACAUACCAUCAGUACCUAAAAAUAAUUUUCAAAUAAAUUUACCACAAAGAGUGACAAAUAAAUUAAGAGUACAACCGUUAAAACCGAGUCCUCCAGACGAAGAAACUCAAGGAGUAGGCAAUCAAUCACCACCACCCCCACCACCACCAUCUUCUUUGCAACCACUAUUUCAACCACAAACAUCACUCCCUCCCCAGACUCAUUUUCAACAGCAACCUUCUCCCCUUUUUCAAUAUCAACAACAAACGUUACUUCCUCAAUCUCAAUUUCACCAACCGUCAGCUUACUUUUUCCCCAAUUUCUUGGGUAGUAAUUUACAGGUACGUUCCGUGGGUAGGAAAAAAGUACCGAAAUCAGAUCAUCAUCCUACGGGACAAUCAUUAGUUCGAUUAGGUAAAAGUUUAAAUAAUUUAAAAAUUGAAUACGGAUUUAAACCGCCAUUAAGACCAUCAGUUGAAAUUACUGAAGAUGGCAAACCGUCCAUUUACAAUCCAACAGUGCCACAGAAAUAA